AUGCCUGAAGUGCUAGUGUCGGACAAUGGGACACAGCUAACAAGCGAUGUGUUUGAGCGAUUUUGCGAGGCAAACGGUAUUAUGCAUCUCAAAACAGCGCCGUUCCAUCCCCAAAGCAAUGGGCAAGUGGAACGUUUUGUCGACACGUUCAAACGGACAAUAAAAAAAAUUCAGGCGGGAGGAGAGUCAUUAGAAAAAGCAAUUGAUACCUUUUUGCUCUGCUACAGAUCUACACCGUGUCGAAAUGCUCCAGACGGCAAAUCCCCGGCGGAAGUGCUUUUAGGAAAACCAUUGCGGACAUCAUUUGAACUGCUCCGCCCUCCAACCAGAUUUUUCAAGGAUAACAGUCUGAAGCAAAACAAACAAUUCAACGCUAAACAUGGUGCGAAGGAAAAAUCCUUCGAGGUGAAAAAUAAAGUGUUUGCCCAAGUGCACUACGGAAACAAAUGCAACUGGGUGCCAGGAGAAAUCGUUGAACGAGUGGGUACUGUCAUAUACAACGUUUGGCUUCCAGAAAUGCAGCGGCUUAUCCGGUCGCAUAGCAACCAACUGAGGACACGCUACGAAGAUAAACCGAGUGAAUCAUGUGAAGCAGAGCGGACUGUCCCCCUCGACAUACUGUUGGGCGCCUGGGGACUCGGUCCAACCGAACCAAAUACUACUAAGGAGGUAGCAUCGACAUCAGGAUCGUCGGAAAGUUUGAAUGAUUUUCAACGGGAGUUUUUGCGAGAGCUCAUGGGUCGCGAAGAGGGAAAUCCUCGACCUCGGUUACCAAAACAGCCACCUACGAUAGAUCCUGAGGUACAACGUCGUUCGACGCGUCAGCGUAGAACACCAAUCCGCUACGAACCCUACCAGGUUUACUAA